GUCGAAUGAUGGCGAGCAAAUUUUUGCAAGAAACAGUGAAAACUCCCAAAGAAUUGUAUAAAUUUUUAUUAAGGUCGUGUAAUAAACUUCCAAAAGGUCCUCAAGAAUUUUAUAAACAUUCAGUUAAACAGAGUUUUAAACAACAUGUGUUCGAACCUGACCCUGAAAGAGUAAAGCAAAUAAUAAAUAAAUCAUUAUCUGACGCUGAGUGGAUUUUUAAAAAGUAUAACAUUGAUAUCGAGACAUUGAUUCCAAAAAAUCCUAAAUAAUAAAAUCAAAGAAAAAAAAAAUAAUUUGAAUAAAUUUAAAUUUGUUAAAAAUGGAUUAUCGCGUGUUAAUAAGCAAAGAGUGUGAUUUAUCAAUAAAUAAAUUCUGGAAAGGUAUUGAAAUAUUACUAAACAACAGUCACUUAAUAAACAAGAGAGUAGUCUUGUCGACAAUUAUUCUUAAAGCUGAAUUAUCAAACAUCAAUAUUGACUCUGUAGUCGAGCACAUUGCGAGUAUCAAUGACGUUUCUCAGCUUAUUGAGUAUGACUCAAAUAAAAAUUUAAAUAUCAUUAAUAAUUACGACUUUAUUAUCUUACCUGAAGAGUUUAAUAUUUUUGAAGAUGACGUCGGAGUUAAUCAAGAACAGACUAUAUAUUUAAUAGUCAAAAAAUUACUUCCAAGAGAGAGCGAAAAAUUUUCGCAAGCGAUAGAGUUUGAUAUUAUUGAUAAAAAUAAUAAAGUAAUUAUAAGUUUUACCAAGCAAAUUUUAGAUGACAGUAAAAAGUCUCUUGGUCUUAAAUGGCCGUAUAAAAUAAUAAAUGAUAAUAAUAAUAAGCAAGUAAGUUUGUUAAUUCCAAAUGAAUUUUCUAAUGAAUCAACGAACGAGUCAAGUAUUGACUGGCUUAAGACAAAACUCUUCAGCAGUUUGGUAAAGUGGAUGGAGUAUGAUGAUAAGCAGAAGAAAUCAUUCAUCCAAGGAUCGUUGAAUUUAAUUUCUAAUGAGAAAUAUUGUAAAUUGUAUAAUGAGCUGAAGAAAAAGUACGGAAUUGAUUUAGUUAAAAAUUGGCCGGAGUGCACUGACCCUCAAAAAUUUGUUUAUGAAGAUGUUGCUAUCGCUAGUUAUUUAAUUGUACUCUGGGAGCAGGAGAGAGAAGAAAAAAAAAUAGAUAAAAAACAAUCUUUUUUAGAUCUCGGUUGUGGUAAUGGCUUGCUUGCUUAUAUUUUGAGCAAUGAAGGAUUUCCUGGACGUGGUGUUGAUUUGCGUCGACGUAAGAUCUGGGAUUUAUUUGCUGAAACUACUCAAUUAGAGGAAAAAACAUUAAUUCCCUCAUCAGCCUCAUUAUUUCCUGACACAGAUUGGCUGAUAGGAAAUCACUCGGAUGAAUUAACACCGUGGAUACCAGUAAUAGCAGCACGUAGUUCGUAUAACUGUAGAUUUUUUUUACUUCCUUGCUGCGCUCACGAAUUUGACGGUAGAAAAUACCAAAGAAGUUGCGCGGGGAAUAGUCAGUAUUUAGAAUAUUUAGAGUAUGUAAAAAGUAUUUGUGAAGGCUGUGGGUUCAUCACAAGGUGCGAUAGAUUACGCAUACCAUCUACCAAACGAGUGUGUUUAAUUGGAUGGCAAAGAAAUUACCAGGAGUCUCAAGUCCCGGAGAUAAAUAAGCGAAUCGAAGAGAUAAUAAAUGCAAGAGCGUUGCAAAAAAUAAAUAGUGUUAAUCAAGAUGAUAAAUGGUCAAGUGAUUUUAAGCCACGGGAUCUUGUUGAGAAAGUUAAAAAUUGUACUAAGGUUGAUAAAAAUAUUGUUAAUGAGAUUGUUAAUUUAGUUGCUAAUUAUCUGCUGCAAAAGGUCAGAAUAAUUGGUGUUAAAAAGGAUGAUGAUAGUGAGGAAUGCAAGUGGAAUGCUGGAGGUACUAUUGAAUUGAAUGAAAUUGCUAAACUUGUACCAGCUAGUACUUUAAAAGAGUUAAAAGCAGAAUGCGGAGGCUUGCAAACUCUCUUAAGGAAUAAUAGCAAUAUUUUUCAAAUUUAUAAUGGUACAGUUCAAUUCAAAAUUCCGGGGGGUGAUAAUUUAAUUAAUAAAAAACGUAAAAAUAAAUCAAAUGUACGAUUAAAAGUAAAACCGUGCUGGUUUUUUGUAAAUCAUCCCAACGGAUGUCCGCUGAGCGAUAAUAAAUGUACAUUCAAACAUAUAAAUUCAUAAAUUAAAAAAAAAUAAUUUUUGGAUAAAAUAAAU